AUGCGGAUGAGCAGAACCAACGGUGGGGGUCGAGGUGCUGGGGCAGAGGCCAUGAUCGACGAAAGGCAGGCUACAGCUAGGUCUUGUCGUACCGUGUGCUUCCCAUGCCGACCUUCCCAGCGCAACAUCAGCCUAAAGAAGCAGAGGGGCCGAAGCAUCCUUAGUUCUUUCUUCUGCUGCUUCCGAGACUACAAUGUGGAAGCCCCUCCACCCAGCAGCCCCAGCGUGCUUCCGCCACUGGUGGAGGAGAACGGUGGGCUUCAGAAGGGUGACCAGAGGCAGGUCAUUCCCGUACCAAGUCCACCAGCUAAAUACCUCCUUCCAGAGGUGACGGUGCUCGACUAUGGAAAGAAAUGUGUGGUCAUUGACCUAGACGAAACCCUGGUGCACAGUUCGUUUAAGCCCAUUAGUAAUGCUGACUUCAUUGUCCCGGUUGAAAUCGACGGAACCAUACACCAGGUGUAUGUACUGAAGCGACCGCAUGUGGACGAGUUCCUCCAGAGGAUGGGGCAGCUCUUUGAAUGUGUGCUCUUCACUGCCAGCUUGGCCAAGUAUGCAGACCCUGUAGCUGACCUCCUGGACCGAUGGGGUGUGUUCCGGGCCCGACUCUUCAGAGAAUCCUGUGUUUUCCAUCGUGGGAACUAUGUGAAGGACCUGAGUCGCCUGGGACGGGAGCUGAGCAAAGUAAUCAUCGUGGACAAUUCUCCUGCCUCCUACAUCUUCCAUCCUGAGAAUGCAGUGCCUGUGCAGUCCUGGUUUGACGACAUGACAGACACGGAGCUGUUGGACCUCAUCCCGUUCUUCGAGGGCCUGAGCAGGGAAGACGAUGUCUACAGUAUGCUGCACAGACUCUGUAGCAGGUAGCCCCGGCCCAUCUAUACCUGCGCCCUCUGGAACCCCUGGCUCAGGGCCUGGCCUCGGCUCCCGAGUGUUGCUUGGGAAGACCCCACGCUCUGGGCCACAGGGUGAAUGUCACCAUGCCUACCUGUUUUUGUUUUGUUUUUUAAAGAACAGAAACAACUAUUUUAAAGGAAAAAAAAAACUCUUUUAAUAGAUUUCGUAAACGGACAUGCAUUUUACCAGAUUCGAUUUUCUUAAAACAUACCAAAAAGGAAAAACAAAAAAAAAAAAAGAAAAGAAAAGAAAAAACACAAAAACUUUGAUAUCUCCUGACUUCCUUUCAACUGACCUCCCCUUCUGAGCAGACAAACCUGUCCUCUUGGUCCCCAGUUUGGAGCAGCUGACCCAACUCAGAAUCUCUUUCCUACAGGAUGAAGUGCCUUUUUGAAUGUUAUUUUAAGCUGAAAGUUAAUUUUUUUGUAUACAGCCUAUUUCCAAACACCUUUUAGUCUUUUACCGUCUUAGAUACUGACUCUGAGGAGACAAACAGGACAAUUUUGUAGAACCUGGUAGACUGUGUGUGUUGGGGUGAGGAUGUGGUCAGGGAAACAGUGGGUCACAAGAGCCUGCCUCCCAACAUGUGUGACUGUCAAUCAUGGCGUGUAUGGGGUCUGGCUCCCCCAGACAGGAGUUUUCUCCUGACUGUCCUUGUGUCAUUUCUGACCAGUCUGGAAUGUACCUUCCCCACGGCCCGACGCUUUAUGAAACAGCCGGUUGCUUUUAUGAUGGUUUCGGAGGUUGUUAAAAAUGUAUCUUGAGGUUGCAUUUUUGCCCUUGGGAAGUGAUCGACAUCAUGUCAUCACGUGUGCUUUCCCACGACUCCACAUGUCUGUCCCUUGUUGUUCUGUUGUCGUUGGUUUGAAGAGAACAGUUACAGAAAAUCCUGAAGCCCUUGGGGUUUUUAAGUCCUUCCUUUCAGAAGCUGGGUACACGUGGCGCUAGCUGUUCGGACUUUGCUGCUACUGCGCUCCUGCCACCAAACGGAACUGACCGGCGGCUGUUACACUGUUGUUCCUUAACCACUGUGCCUAUGCUUAGAAGACGCUCACCGCUCAGCUUGCAGACUCGGACAGGGUCACAAACAGGUGUCCCACCCCAUCAAGCACGGUGCCCUUCUUUGGUCCCAGACACGGCCAAGAAUGCCGAAGGGCACAAAGGUUUAAAAACAAACAAACAAACAAAACCCUAAAGGGCCAAAGCACCCUCAGGUGCAGCAUUCACUUUACACUGCAGUGAACAUCAGAGCCUAAGAUGGAACUCGCCCUCCUGUCUCCCAUGAGAACCUGUGGCCUCAGCCAGCCACCACACUGAUGUGGUGGCUCAAGUCCACCUCUCAGCCUCUUUGGAAGCACAGCCUCUUCGAGCCAAGGGUUGGAGAAGCCUGCCUAGAUGAGAUGGGAAACUCCAUGCUCCAAACCAGGGAGAAGGGCUUCUCCCUGGAGCCUGGGGGCCUCUUCCCACCUGUUCCCAGUUUGCUGUUUAAUAGUGCCAUGUUCUGUCACUCUUCUGAAGAAUGAAAAGAGCCCUUUGUGGGGGCACCGAUGCCUUAGUCCUCCGUGGGUCGGGCCUCAGCCAGAAUUCUGCUGGGAGUCGCUGGCAUUGACAAGAUUUAAAGUCAGGGGUCAAACUUUUAAUAAAAAAAAAAAAUGUUUUUUUUUCUUUCAUUCACAAAAUAAUGAAGCCAGCUAUUAGGCCUGUCUUCCCACAGUGCUUGGUCUGGGGAACCACUGUGCAAUCAGAACAGAAAUAUGUCAGGGUCAUUCAGAUCACCUGACUGAGUGUUCCAAACCCAGCAAGCCCCGUGCCAAUUAAAAGAGAAACUGCCCCUUUGCUAAGCAUUUCCACAGGAAAUGACAGUUACCUAGCAGAUCCACACACGCCGUAAACCCUCAUGGAAAACCAGUCAUUAACUGAUCCCGCUGCCUUAAGUGUCUUGGGUGUUUCAGAAUCUGCCGUGUGUUGACUUCCACACAAAACGAGGCCCAGAUAGAACCUCAGAUCUUCGCCUGUGCCUCUUUGUGUCGGUGUCAUGGGGCCUUAUUUGAAAAGGUGGCAGAAUGGACUGAACUUCCAGAAUAUUUCAGGGGAAGUGAGCCUAGAAAUAGUGCUCUACUUCAGACAGGUUCGAGGCCAACCCUUGGCCUUACCGUCCCGGGGCUGCGUGUACCCAUGCACCCUGGGUAGAGCUUCCAGGUAGGGAGCCCCGUUCUUGCCUCCACAAACGUGGAAUGUCUUGGGUGGGUGGCAGAGCUUCCGAGGGUUCUGAAAUCUGCACCUUAUCUGACCAAGCUCCAAAAAAAAUGGCAAUUUUUCUUUCCUUUUUUUUUUUUUAAAAAAAAAACUGCUUUAUGUACAUAAUUGAUAAAAUAGCUAUAUUUUUAAUCGGUUACGUGUAAAUGAAGCAAUAGAAAAGUCUAACAAGGCCAAGAAAGGAGACGAAUGUUUGAGGUUUAUUUUCUUAAGGUAAAUACGGGUAUUGCUUUUAAUUGUAAGUUUAUUAAAAUGUGGGCUUGUAAAACGUAUCAGCCACUUCUCUGUGCCAUAUCCUUCCCACAUUACCAAAAUACUCCAUCUCCUUAGCCAAAAGAAACACCUGACCUCCCAAGUCCCGUGGUCUUCUCAGCUCCAGGUUAGGACUCCUCUCUUAGACAAGUGUUUUCAAUGCAAAGGUCUGGGACAGAGUGGCUUGGGUUGGUGGACUCCAGCCUAUACCUUUUGCUUGACCUCAAGUGGGGGGGCUUCCUGGGCACCCCUGACCCCUGAUGAUGUUAAUGUUCUUGUCUUCCAUUUUUUCUGGAAUCCUCCAUGUCAGUCUCCUGUACUAGCUGUUUGUAAACAAUACAUUUCUAUCUUAAUCACACCACCUGUCACUGAUGGCAGUGGGUGGCGAUUCCUCUGACACGGUGCAAUGUUGUGAGGUGGCUUUGGGGGAAGGAGGACAUCCACAUGACACUAACUCGUCACGGUCACAGCAUUUGAAGUUAGGGGUACGAACAUGAAACCUGGAAGUGUGUAGAGCCUGGCAGCAUUUUAUAAUAACCCUGUCUUUCAAAGAUGGCUUUCUAAUAAAAUCCAGAAACACACAGCCCUAUUGGUCAAACACUCGUGACGUUUGUGCCUCUGCUUCUAAUGGUGCUGUGCUGGACAGCUGGCGUGCCAGGGUUUGAGAAGAGCAGAUGGCCUACCGUGCUCUCGGUUCCCUUCGCAAACUUGCUGGCUGCCUCUGUUCCUAUUUUACUGUAAAUCUGACCAUGUGUAUCCCUGGAGUUGCCCUGAGGAUAGGUACCCCCCCCCAAGCAGUGGUGAUGUUGGUGCCUGGGGAGUUACAGUUUUCUGCUGGAUGUUUGAAUGUGCCGUUCCAGUGCCACUUGGGAAAUACUCCAUGUUGGGAUGUGUACAAUGCUUGGGGCAAGUAUUGUCAAUCAGUGAUUUCCCUCCUGCCAAAAAUAAACUCGUCAAACUGCA